AUGGAGAAGUGGUUCAUGAGUGUUGCUGGGUUGUUGAGAUGAGCACACCAUAUUCGCGCGCUGGCGGCUCAUGGAUGUCACUCCAAGCCUGCUCACAGCUGCUUUUUCCUUCUGCUGAAGUUUGGCAAAAGGCAAACUCCCCUCUUCAAAGCCAACCUCGGGUCACUCGAGGUCGUUGCAGCGUAGAAGUGGAAGCUGGACCCGAUCGCACGGUAGCGUGCAAUGGUGUCUCGUUCCUAUUUGAUGACCACCAUUGACCCGUUUGAAUCUAGGUACAUGUCUCGAACGCUAACAGUAGGCUUCCAUAACAUCAAAG